CCCGAAUCUUUUAUAAGUAUAUGAAUAUGAAUGCCUUCCCUAAACAACAACCCUCUCCAAUCGUGUAUCUUUUGAAGACAAGGUUGGAGGCCUUUGGAUAACCAGUACCUUCAUGAGCUAGCCAUCCAGUAAAAAUUGCUACCUACUUCUCUUCUCCAUUUCACUGCAUAUCAGCUGUACCACAUCUCUGAUUCUAUUACUCUAAGCUGAUACAAAGCUAAAAUAAAUGAAUAUCAGCACGUGGGAUAAACCUUUCAUUAUAAAUCUGUCUGUAUGUAGUUGUAGUAUGCGGGACUUCCACUGCCAGUGCUGCAAUAGCUGUUUCUUUGGAGGUAGCCGCCAUUCACACAUGGUCAGCCGUUCACACAUAAUCCAGAGUGCAGCACUACUUCAAAUAUUGUUAUGGUUCAUGAUGAGUGGGCAGUGCUCCCAUUUCCACUGAAUGCCUGAAUUGGGUCAUAGUCAGCACACACCAGCACCCAAACAGGGACCAACACCAAAUAUAUAACAUCUGUAACUUGAGUCUUAGUGAGCCAAAGCAAACCAAAGGAAACAAAGAUGGAGAACUUCAGAACCCAUCUCCAGUUUCUGCUUUACUUCCUCCUCUUUCUUCAUUCUCUUCCCUUUUCAUAUGCCAAAUGCACUGAUACAGAGAGAGAAGCAUUACUUGCCUUCAAGACCGGCCUUACAGACCCUUCAGGCAGGCUUUCUUCUUGGCGAGGCGACGACUGCUGCAAAUGGGCUGGCGUCAAAUGCAGCAGCAACCAAACCGUCACCCACCUCGACCUCAAGAAUCCUUACCCUCAAGCAAAUGGCGGAAUCAUUGACCAAACAGCUUACAAAGCUUCCUGUUUGGCCGGCAACAUCAGUUCCUCUCUACUUCGCCUGCCAUCUCUGAGCUACUUGGACAUGAGUCUCAAUGAUUUCCAAGGCAAUGAAAUUCCUGCCUUCCUCGGUCAGCUCAAUGAUCUGACGUACCUCAAUCUCUCCUUCUCCUCUUUUGGUGGAGAAAUUCCACCCCAGCUUGGAAACCUGUCGAAGUUACAAGUCCUGGACCUCUACGCGGAUUCCUAUGGUGGAACUGCGGCAGCAGAACUGAGAGCAGAUGAUCUGAAUUGGCUCACCCGACUCGCUUCCCUCAACCGCUUGAACAUGGGAUUCGUGAGAAUCAACACGAGCAAUGGUGGAGAUUGGCUUCAUGCUGUGAGUAUGCUGCCAUCUUUGGUGGAGCUGAAGCUUCAGUACUGCCAGCUUCAAGUCCUUCCGCAAUCACUGUCCCUUGGUACCAACUUCCCCUCGAUCUCGGUCCUUGAUUUGUCAGACAACUCUUUCAACGCUCCAAUCCCCCAGUGGCUGUUCAACCUCACCGGUCUCAGGGAACUAUAUCUCAGAUGGAACUUCCUCCAUGGUCCUGUACCCAGUGAGUUUGCAAGGCUCAAAUCUCUUGAAAUACUUGAUUUGUCGAACAAUUUGGAUUUCGGAGGCCAGAUUCCUGGGCUCUUUGGAAGUCUGCGAAAGCUGAAGGUGUUAGACCUUUCAGCUAAUGAUAUGAAUGGUGGAAUCCAGGAGUUCAUCAGUGGAUUUGCAGGAAGUCCAAGUAGCAGCUUGAUGUUUUUGGAUUUGAGUUCCAACUCAUUGGAAGGCCAACUGCCUGACCUGUUAGGAGUUGUGCUUCAUAAUUUGCAGCAUCUCGACCUUUCUAGCAAUAGAUUCUGGGGUUCAAUCCCGAAUUCUGUUGGAGAAAAGAUGUCCUCUUUGAAGCACUUGGAUAUUUCUUACAACAACAUGAACGGGAGCAUCCCAGAUAGCUUUGGGCAGCUUUCAGCGCUGAUUGAUGUGAACCUGGUGGAGAAUUCUUGGGUAGGGGUUCUGAAAGAAACUCACAUGGUGAACCUCAGAAGCCUGGAGAAUUUCAAACUGACCACGGAUUCGAGCAAUCAUUCGUUAAUUUUCAAUGUCCCGGUGAAGUGGGUUCCUCCAUUCAAGCUUAAGUCCAUCCAACUUGAAAACUGCAUCGUCGGUCCUUCUUUUCCUGCAUGGCUUCAAGUCCAGAACCAACUUACUUCUGUGACCCUCAGAAAUGUUGGGAUUUCAGACACCAUACCAGGAGAGUGGUUCUCAAACUUACCUUCUGAGCUCACUUUUUUGGUCCUCUCAAGCAACCAAAUCACAGGGAAGUUGCCAAGUCAGCAACUGAAGUUUCCAAGGCUAAGCACCAUUGAUCUCAGCUCCAACAAUUUUGAAGGUCCUCUCCCAAUGUGGUCCACCAAUGCAAGCGUCCUUUACCUUCAAGACAACAAGUUCUCAGGUUCAAUACCCGAAAACUUUGGUAAACUAAUGCCAAGGCUUCAAAAGGUAUACCUUUCACAGAACCAACUUGUUGGUAAGAUCCCAUCCUCCAUGUGUGAUAUGCAGGAGCUUCAGAUUCUGUCUCUCAGGAACAACCGCGUUUCAGGAGAAAUCCCAGACUGUUGGUACCAUUCAUUCAUGUUUUGGGCCAUAGAUGUAUCAAACAACAGUCUUACUGGUAAAAUCCCAGCUUCAUUCGGUUCCUUGCGUUCUCUCAGCAUACUGUUGUUGAGCAGCAAUCGAUUUGAUGGAGAGAUUCCUGCUUCCUUGCAAAACUGCACUGGAUUAACCAGCAUGGAUCUUGGAAAUAACAGAUUCUCUGGGGUCCUACCUUCUUGGAUAGGGACAAAGUUCCAAUCCCUUUUUAUGCUGAAUCUGCAGCUCAACUCCUUCAGUGGGCCAAUAUUCCCACAGUUCUGCAGUCUCCCAAACCUUCAUAUCUUGGACCUCUCUGGUAACAAGUUUUCAGGGGCGGUACCAAAGUGCCUUCCAAACCUGACAGCCAUGGUAGAAGGUAGAAGCGGUGAGGUCUUUGAACAGCUGUUGCUGGUGGCAAUGAAGGGAAGGAAAAUGGAGCUGGAUGCAAUUCUUGCAAACGGCAAUGGCAUCAACCUAUCUGGAAACAAUCUGACCGGCAAUAUUCCUGGUGAGAUCACGAAGCUUAGUGCCUUGCGAAUCCUGAACCUGUCGAGGAAUCAACUAAGCGGAGAAAUCACAAAUGGCAUUGGAGAUCUGCAGCACUUGGAAGCGCUUGACGUGUCACACAACCAUUUAAUGGGUUCAAUACCACCAAGUUUGGCUACUAUAGCUUCGUUGUUGCACUUGAACUUAUCGUACAACAGUCUGCAAGGAAGAAUCCCCACAGGGCUCCAGAGGUUCAACGACCCUUCUGUAUUUAUCGGCAAUCCCUCACUCUGCGGACGCCCUCUUCCCCCCUGUCCAAGAAACAAUGGUACCCUUAUUACUACAAUCAAAUAGAGUACUAGAUUGGUGGUGUACUUGUAAACCUCGUACGACAAAGAUUCACUAAUAAAAGUAGCAGAGACGCACGGUACCUUAAACUUAAAUCAUCCAAGCUUAACUAAAUUCAGCAAUCAGCACAGGGAAGGAAGAAUUUGAGUAAAAAAACAUCCACUUCAAGAUAACUCAUUGAAAUAAUUCAGAUGGCCAAUGAGACAUGUGAUCAUUGAAAGGUUAUCCGCAAUGCAAUAAUAGACACUCGGGCCAACAGAUCAAUCAGGGAUUCCUCAACUUCCCAGCUAUUUUUUAGGGGUCGUUUGGAUGGAUCAAUUGUAAAACGAGACAAUUUGACCAAUUAUUUCAUUUUACAAAACGAGUCAUUUAAAACGAGUCAAUUCAGAUUACCUGCCCCCACCCCAGACAAUUGUAAUUGACUCAAAAUGAGUCAAUUCAGAAUUCCCCAGCCCAAAUUGCUUCAUCUAAAUUUUUUGCUGCCAAACGGAUCAAUCUAGCACAAUUGGCUCAAAACGAGACAAUUGUGUCAGAUUGAUUCAUUAGAAUUCCUCAUCCAAACGACCCCAUAUUUCAGGUUGCCCUUCAACUUACAUCAUCCAAGCUUAGCUUAGGAAUGAAAGUCAAAGGCACAC